AUUUCAUCCAUCAAACAGCAGUUUUGCGAGGAUUCUGGGCAAUUUUUGUAGCAGAGUAUUGAAAAGUCUGGCAACGUCUCCGCAGUGGUUGUAUGAAUUGGCAGUUUCCACAUAUCUGCCGAUCUUCUACAUUCAUCUCUUCAACUUCUUUUUAGUGCUCUUUUACGUUGUUUUUUCCUGUUUUUAUAGAGUUUAAAC